AUGACGAAACCGAUUAAAGUAUGGAUGGCUCGUAAGUAAUGAAUAAUAUCAAAAAAGAUAGCAUAACAGAGCCCAGCUAAUACGCUCAAUUGCAAACAGCUGCCGGACCAAACCUCUGGAAGGUAAAUACAUCGCUCUAUACUUUAUAGUACAGUAAACCCAGCUCACCCAAUCCUCAGGUCGUCCUCAUCCUCGAAAAACUCGCCAUUCCCUACGAGAUCGUAGCAUUCAAAUUCGACGACGUAAAAAGGAGGCCAUUCAUCACCUUGAAUCCAAACGGUCGCGUGCCAUGUGAGGAACCCAAAUUACUUUCCAAUUCUCCCGCAUUUCUGAUAGUAAAUCUGUAGCAAUCGAAGAUCCAAAUAUUAGUCCCGAUGGCCUUGUUUUAUGGGAAUCUGGUGCUAUCAUCCAAUACCUCAUUGAACAAUAUGACAGCGAGAAGAAAUUAACUUAUGAUACCUUUGAGAAACAUAAGUUAAACCAAUGGCUCAUGUUCCAAAUGAGCGGUCAAGGUCCUUACUACGGACAAUUAGGCCGGUAAGGUUACACAACACCCUUCAAUCCCACCAAUCCAUCUCCAACAACCCUAACAAACCAGGUCCAACGUCCUCCACCAAGAAAAACUCCCCUCCGCCAUCCUGCGCUACAAAAACGAAGUCCGACGCAUCCUCGGCGUCCUAGAAACCAGUCUUGAGGACAAAACCUGGUUGGUAGGUAACAAAUGCACGUAUGCAGACUUAUCCUUCGUGACCUGGAAAGAGAGGUUGGAUGCUCUGUUUACGGUCCCUGCGGAAAACAAGUUUGAUGGCUUUCCGAAUGUGGAGGCGUGGCAUGGACGGAUGGUUGAGAGACCCUCGUGGAGGGCGGCGAUGGAGAAGAGGAGGGUGAUUAUGGAUGAGCAGGGGUUGAUGUGGAAUGGGAUGCCGAAGGGGAUUAGUACUUAUGAGCAGUAUGUGGAGAAGAUUGGUAGUGAUAGGGUGGAGGCUGAGGGGGAGUAG